AUGAUUGAUCAUUUUCAAGACUUAAUCAUAUUUCAGAAGGGUUUAACAUUAAUAAAUGAAGAUGACUACCAAGAAACACUUGAUUUAAUCCUUAAAUCAGAUUAUCUUAACUCUGCAAAUCAGAUUUCAUUUUUAACUCACGAAAUAUUUCAAGCUUAUACAGUCAGACCACAAAAUCUCGGUUUCCUAACAAGAUUAGUUAAAGAUAUCAUCAAUUCAGAUGAAUCAAAAAGAAAUUUGACGCCAUUCAAAGCAAUAUUCAUUGAACAAACACUAUCAGGUGUAGACGAUAACAAUAAAUCAGGUCUAUGCGCUGCAUAUCACUUCAUGUAUCGCCUAUUGGAAGAAAAUACACUUACUUUAGAUGAACUUUUACCAAUUUUUGAUGCAAUUUUGCAGAAACCAAAAGAAAAAGUAAAUACGAUUGCAAUCAUUAAGAUAUUUUUCGGAAGUGUCAUUGCAAAAUUACAUCCAACAUUAUAUACUAGAAUUUUCUCGGAUGAAUUUACAAAAAGUUUUUCAUAUUUUAACGAAUUUAUAAAUAAUAUAAAUGAAAUCAAAGAUCAAUUAGUACAUUAUGGUCAUCCACUUGAUUCAAUCCAGCAUGCCAUUGCAACAGACGAUGUAGACAAAUUAAAUCAAUUUUCAUUAGCUCCAAACUUUAAUAUUAACAUGAAAUUAAUUAACAAAAUGGUAUUAAUGGAGCCUUAUCCUGUACUACAAGGUGAUCCGACUUUAAUUUUAUAUGCAGCAUAUUGUAAUUCUAUUAAUUGUUUUAAAUGGCUUUUUUUGAAUGGUGCAAACUUGAAUGCGAAAGAUAAAUGGGGCCAAGAUGCUGCUUAUUUCGCAAUUUCUGGUGGCGCUUUGGAAAUAUUACGUAUUCUUGAACAACAAGGGUUUGAUGUAUAUAAUUUGGAACCUUGCAUUGAGCAUAGACAAUAUCAUAUUUUUGAUUGGAUAAUUGAACAAAACUUAGAUGAAAAAGGUAGAUAUCCACAUGAUUUAAUCAACAAUGCUUAUAUUUUUAGUGCAAGAUAUAACAAUGCAUAUACACUUUGUGAAUGCUUAAAAUAUGGUGCUGAUCCAAUGGCAAAUCUUCAGCUUUGGGGAGCUCUUCAUCAGUCAAUUUUAUAUUCUGAUUUACAGAUGGCAAUUUUGCUUGCACAAUGCAGUGAAAUUGAUGUCAAUUGGAAAGAUGCAAAUGGAUGCUCAGCACUUCUUUUUGCAACAACAAACCAUUGUUAUAAAGUUGUUCAGGCUCUUAUUGAAAACCCAAGAGUUGAUAUUAAUACUUCUGAUCAUAACCAAUGGACUUGUUUGCACCGUUUAGUUUCUGACAGAGAAACAGAGAUGAUAAAAUUAAUUUGCUCAUUAAAGGGAUUUGAUGGUAACGCUAAAGAUAUUAACGGAAGAUCUGCAUAUGACUUGGCAGUAGCAAUGAAGUACCAGGAAGCAAUGGAUAUCAUUGCAAAAUCUCCGGGAUACAAUCCUUCAAAUUAG